AUGGAUGGGUAUGAAAUGCCGAAAGAGGCUCCAUCUUGGUGGAAAAACGUAGAACGAAUAGGCUUUUAUGAGCAACCACAAAAUGUACCUUUGCGAACAUUAACAAGUCCAUUGCGUACUCCAUCUGAGCAUCGAACGGGUGUUCAGUUCAGAAGUUCAAUUCAAAUCAAAGAAAUUCCAAACGGACAUGAUGAAGAAUACGUGGAGACGUGGGAGCCAAGCAUGGAUAAAGUAGUUUUGGGUAAGCCAGUACAAAAAUCAAUAAAGAAAUUUAUCGUUGUUGGUUUUAUUAUUGGUUCAAUUCUACUUAUUGGAGCAGCGAUAGGAAUUGGCACUGGUCUAGUUCUAUCUCAGAAAGUAUCAACAACGGCGGAUAAUUCUUUGACCUAUAAUGCUAUUUGUACCGUGAACUCACAGCAGUUUUUGGCUGAAUAUACAAAAACCAUUCGUUCAUUAAGCUGGCAUCAAUAUAAUGCUGAUUUAUUAGUAGUUGUAGCAGAUGAGAUUCCGGGUAUUAUAAUAUGGAAUGUUGAACAACAAAAAUCAAUUCAAAAAUUAUAUGUUAAUGGCAAUAUUGAAUUUAUUGAUUGGAAUGAAGAAAAUGAUAUUACAUUUAUUUUGAACGAGAUUAAUGUCUAUCGAUGGCAUGUUGAUCAUGGAGACAAAUAUGAUCCACUGCCUGGUGCACAAAAUUUUAAAAGUUCAGUAACAUCACUCAGUUUUCAUAGAAAAGUAUUACGUAAAUUUGCAUGUGGACAUGCUGACGGAUCAAUAUCGAUAUUCAGUGCGGAUACUCAAAAACGACAUAUUCUAAUUGGUGAAAAUAUUUCAUCUGAAAUAACUGCACCAGAUUCUGUUUCUCAAUUAGAUUGGGAUCCAUUAAGCAUGAAUUAUCUUCUGAUACUGAAAAAAAUCAGUGGUAUAACCUUAUUCGAUGCAGAAACAUUGACUAUCAUUAAUACAUUUGAAUUACCACGUUCAUCUGCUAAAAUUAGAUCAUUACAAUGGUUGCCAGACGCACCAGGACUGUUCAUCACCGGAGAUACAGAUAAUGGCGUAUUACGAAUAUGGACGGCAUCACAAGCAACAUCACUUGAAAGCAUUACAAUUAAAAAAUCUGGAUUUCAUGCGUUUUUAGCAUUUAUUCGUGAAACUGUAGAAACAACAGAUAUUACUCCGGUAAAAUCACUAAAAAAACAGAAGAAGAUUCAUUAUCCAAAAGUACAAAUUUUGUGUGCUUUUUCUGAUGGUGGCAUCGGUGUGUAUGAAUUACAGAAAAAAAGUUGGAUGUUUUUGCGAGAUGAAGGACACGUAGAAACAAUAUUUGACUGUCGAUUUCAUUCAACGGAUCCUGAUAAACUAGCAACUGCAAGUUUUGAUGGCACAGUCAAAGUUUGGGAUAUAAGUACGAUGACUUCUAUUUCAACUUCUCCCGGUAAUGAAGGAAUUAUUUACAAUAUAUCAUGGAUGCCCGGUCACAAUUUGAUCGCUGCUGCUACGUGUAAAAACGGUGUUUGGCUUUAUGAUACGGAUCAAGGAAAAGUUAUCAAACGUUUUGUUGAGGUAUGCAAUCAUGCAAAAAUACGAGUUUAUUAUACCAAAGCAUCGCAUCCAACACCGUUAAAAAUAUUCUCAGGACAUGAGGCAAAAGUUUUUCGUGUACGAUGGUCACCUAUUCGUGAUGGUUAUCUUUGUUCAGGUUCAGACGAUAAUUCAAUUCGCAUUUGGGAUUAUCGUAAAGAUGAGUGUAUUGGUAAACUUUGUCGUCAUAAGCAGCCGGUGAGAGGAUUAGUUUGGCAUCCGGAAAUAGCCCAUCUGUUAAUAUCAGGUUCUUGGGAUUCAACUAUUAGAGUGUGGGACAUCGAAACACUGACAUGUUUAGAAACCAUUUAUGAUCAUCAAGCAGAUGUCUAUGGUCUUCAUAUCCAUCGUGCACGACCAUUUUUAAUGAUCAGUUCAUCUCGAGAUUCAACGCUACGCUUUUGGAGUUUAAGUCGAUACGGAGAAGUAUUAUAUUCAACAUUAUUAAUAAAAAAAUCAUUGAAAUCGAUAAUUUUACCGCUAGAAGAUAAAUCAGAUACAACCCAUUGCCCGUUAUUAAGUGGAACAUAUUCCAGAGAAAUUUUAUUAAAAUAUGAAAACACUGAUUGGUCAACUCUGAUACGAAUAAUGUCCGAAUAUUUUUCAAUAUCCCAUGGCGUUGCAAAUUUAUGGAUGCUAGUCGAUGUUAUAAACGGAAUGGAUGCACAAUUAUUACCCGAAAAAUAUCGAUAUGGAAUUGUUCAUUCAAGUCAUUUAAUAAAGUUCAAAAAUGGAGAAGCUUUUGAACGGGAAAGAAAAAAAGAUGUUUAUACUGGAUUAACAAGUUUAAAACGAGAACAACGAUUAAGUGAUGCUGCUGAUGCACAUAUUAAAAUCGGAAAUAUUCAACGAUAUUGUGAAAUUAUGAUUGAACUUGGAGAAUGGGAUAGAGCUCUGGCACUAGCACCUGCUGUAUCGUAUAAUUAUUGGCAAGACCUUUUGCAAAAACAUAUUUUAUAUUUAAAAGAACGCGAAGAUUCAUCAUUGAUUCCUUAUUGUAUUGCAGCUGGUGAUAUUAAUACAUUGUUACCAUUUUUUAUGGAUAGAGGACGAUUAAGUGACGCUGUUAUUUCAACUACUGCCUAUAAUGAUGGAUCUAUCAAACGAUUAUCAAUACAGCAAGAAUAUGAUACAACAAAUGAAAAUUAUAGCAUCAAUUCGAGUUUAUGCGCAAAAGCCUAUGAAGAACUUGCCAAUUGGUAUUUUUUUUGUGGUAAACCAAUAAGAGCAGCUUGUUGUCAUUUAGCAGUUAAUGAUGGACGGAAAGCACUCUCGAAACUAUUAAGAUGUGGUUUACUCGAGUUAGCGGUAUGUCUUGGUGAAUAUCUUUCAGAUAUCAAUGAAAUCAAUUGUCUAUCAAAAUACUAUCUGGCAAAGCGAUCAUUGAAUAGUGGGAAUAUCGAUAUUGCGAUCGAACUAUUAAAAUCUAUCUCAGAUCCGAUAUAUCUAUUACGUAUUUGUGCCGAAUAUGAUCUAUAUGAAAAAGCUAAUCUACCAUCUUCAACAGAAUAUGAAUUACUAGCGGAAGAAUUAUUACAUAUUGAAGGAAAAGAAUGUGAAACAAUUUUAUACUAUUUUUUAGCACAAAAACCGGCAAUUGGAAUUGAAAUUGCUUUCAAUUACAUCAAUGAAUGUUUAAGAAAUGAAUCAUGGAAAUUAAAAGAUGUAGAAAAAAUGAUAGAAUGUUUGGGAAGCAUUAAUGCAUCUGCACUUACCACUUGUACGGACUACAUAUCGGAUAUUCAAUUUAUUUGUGCAUAUAUCGGUGUGUUUAAAGCAAUAUCAUAUGGAUAUAAUAGCAUAGUACCAUUACUAUUUCAAACAUCUCUGAAACAUUUACGAAAUAGUAUUCAUUUUUCAAUUAUCACUCCAGAACAGAUUGAAAAAGAAGCAAAUGCAUGGCUUUUAUGGGAUAAUAAUUUAAACAGUACUAAACAAGGAACAAGAAUCAAUAGUGUACUAGAAGGUUUAUUUAAAAAAUGUCAUUCAAAAGAACGAUUAAUUGUUGAAUAUGGACAAGAUGUUCUAUUAGGCUCAUCUUUACCAUCAAAAUCAUCGAAAUUAAUUCGAGCAUCGGAUGAACCUCAAUCUUACAUGUCAAAUAAUGACAUUUCCAUGUGGGCUAAAGUUCAAAUAGCCAAUUUUAAAGCUAAAUUAUCAAAAGUUCGUACAUUAAAACAAGCUUUAGCUGUUUAUGCUGAUUCAAACAUCAAUAACCCACAUCAAGUAGCGAUGCAAAUGGAUAUGCGAAAACUCGAAUCAAAUAUCAAUAAACAACUUGAAAGUUAUAAAACAGAUGAAAAAACUGUACAAUACGUAGCAGGUGGUUGUUUACCAAGAGUAACGUGUAUACCUGUGUAUGAAAAACAAGUGAAAAUGGGUGAAAUCAUUUUUCCUAAUUGUGUCGAAGUUCAUGUGUGCAGUGGAUGCUGUCAGGAAGCACAAUUCAGUUGUUCACCAACAAAAACUGAAAUUAUUUCAUUUAGUCCGAUCAUUCGCUUCGAAAAUGAAGGUAAUUUUCGUAUAACUGCGUUGGAACCGUUCAAAACAAUUAAUCAUACCGAAUGUACUUGCAACUGUAAAUUGGAAAGUAAUGCAUGUCCUAAUAGUGCACAAAUACUUGAUAAAGAAUUAUGUCAUUGUCGAGAUCGCAUCUGCAAUCCGACUUGUUAUGCCAUGCAAAAAUGUCAAAUAUUACAUUCUGAGCAACCCCAAUCAAAAAAUAUGACAAAAAAAUUUGAAUACAUCGUUUUGAUAAUAACACUAUUAUCAUUAUUAUUUUUCACAUGUAAAGCCACAGGCGAGAUCAAUAAAACAAAAAUUGCAGAUCUUAAAGCAAAAUUCGCUAAAGCAAAAAAUCUUCAAGAAGUAUUAGUUAUUAUAAAAUUUGCAAAUACAAAAAAUGGAGGGAACCGCUUGUUAGACUACAUGUCUCCAGAAGUAAUCAGAAAAGAAGAACGAACAAUUAUAAACGAAGCUGCAAAACUGUUCAGAGGUGCAUCUUCAACUGUACCACGCAACGGCGGUUGUGAACCACGAAUCGUUUGUGAACUAGUGCCGACCGAGCGACAUUCCGGCAAUAUUAUGUCUUAUCCAAAUUGUAUUGAAGUUCACAGAUGCGGAGGAUGCUGUCAAGAAACACAAUUUUCUUGUGUUGCAACAGAAGAGGAAAAAGUCACUUUCAGUCCGUUAUUAACAAUACAUUUGGAUAAUCUUGACGACUAUGAAGUUGCUCAACCACUCACACUUAGCAAUCAUACAAAAUGUGUUUGUGAAUGUGAUAAGAAACCAGAUGAUUGUGGUAAAGGAAAGAAAGUGUGA